AUGAAACGCAGAAAAAGUGCGUCAAAAAGCGACGAACAGGGGCAUCGGCCGGAGGCGACUGAUGGUCCGUCGGAUGAAUACGUUAAUCUGGCUGAUACUACCAAUGCAUUCGUAUUACCAUUGAAGUCUAAAACAAGGAAAAAGGCAAAAAAGACGAGUGAUAAGGCGGUGAAUCGAAAAAAGGAAGAGGCGAGAAAACGACGUCUGGCACAAAUUGAGGCGAAAAUGUCAAAAACAAAGCGAAAAAAGUUGAUGAAAUUAAAAGAGAAGAAAGAGAUAAAGCAGUCGAGAGAGUCGCUGUAUGAAAGUUUAAAACAGCACCAACUACCCGCUGGAACACUGGACAAACUUGCAGCAGUAAUUCAUCCGAAAAAAAUCGAGAGAUUUGAAGAAGAGGAAGCUACGCCACGAAAGUUAUCAAGUUUGGCAGGACGUGAUUUUAUACCAGCAGCUGAACUGAAGCCGCAACCGGUUCAGGAAAAUUAUUACGAAACGGAUAGUGAAAGCAGCGACGAGGAGCUACAGCCCGAUGGGGUGUUGAGGACGAAUGAAGAACCAGCGGAGCAUGUAACAGAUGAAGAUGAAGGUCCAGGAACAACUAUCGGCAGUGUAUUGGAAUCGAGAGAGGAAUUGCUGAAUGAUACGCAAACGCCAUCUGUUGCGAAAAUUCGGGAUGUAGCAACGGAAAAUAACUCGUCUGAUCAAGAACUUCCUCCACAAGGCUCCGGAAAAACCACUCAGCUGCCGCAAUUCUUAUACGAAGCCGGUUUUGCACGUGAUGGUAAACUUAUUGGAAUCACGGAACCUCGACGAAUUGCUGCAAUUAGUAUGGCAGUUCGUGUAGCGCAAGAAAUGAGCUUGCCCGAUGCCGUCUCAUAUCAGGUGUAG